UUACUCAGGCUCAACAGCUGGUUGGACCGUCUACGAGCUGACCAAUGGGAUCAGGCGCCGUUAUCGCCAGAGGAGAAAAAAACCCUUCCAGUCGCCAUGAUACAGCAGCAGCGGAAACGGGCGAGAAGUAGCUAGAAAACAAAAGAGAACACGCAGUCGUCCUCGCGAUCUGGUAUGCUCUUGCAGUGUUAUAGGAAUGCCCAAGGAAAAAUAUGACCCGCCGGAUCCCAGGCGGAUGUACACAAUUAUGUCCAGCGAGGAGGCAGCCAACGGGAAGAAGUCAUACUGGGCUGAGCUGGAAAUCAGUGGCCGAGUAAGGAGUCUCAGCACAGCCCUAUGGUCUCUCACCCACCUCACUGCCCUGCACCUCAGUGACAACUCUUUGUCACGUAUCCCGCCAGACAUUGCCAAACUACACAACCUGGUGUACCUGGAUCUCUCAUCCAAUAAGAUCAGGAGCCUGCCGGCAGAGCUCGGCAACAUGGUGUCUCUCAGGGAACUGCUUUUAAAUAACAACCAGUUGCGGGUUCUGCCAUUUGAAUUGGGGAAACUGUUUCAGUUACAAACACUGGGGUUAAAAGGAAACCCACUUGCACAAGAAAUUAUGAGCCUCUACCAGGAACCUGACGGCACGCGAAGACUGCUCAACUACUUGUUAGACAAUCUGGCAGGGGCCAUCAAGCGCAUACCAACAGAGCAGCCCCCGGCUAGAUCAUGGAUCUCUCUUCAGGAACCAGAUCGAACGCGGGCCUCAGCACUGUUCUCUGUGAUGUGCUACAAUGUGCUGUGUGAUAAAUACGCCACGCGACAGCUAUAUGGCUACUGCCCUUGGGCUCUAAACUGGGAGUACAGGAAGAAAUCCAUCAUGCAGGAGAUCAUGGGCUGCAAUGCAGACAUCAUGAGUUUGCAGGAAGUGGAGACGGAACAGUACUACAACUUCUUCCUACCGGAGCUUAAGGAGCAGGGAUACGACGGGUUCUUCAGUCCAAAGUCACGAGCCAGGACUAUGUCGGAGUCGGACCGUAAACACGUGGAUGGGUGCGCCAUUUUCUACAGGACGGAAAAAUUCAGCGCAGUGCAGAAGCACACAGUGGAGUUCAACCAGCUGGCCAUGGCCUAAUCCGAGGGCUCAGAGGCUAUGCUGAACAGGGUGCUGACAAAGGACAACAUCGGGGUAGCUGUGCUGCUUGAAGUCCGCAAAGAAAAUGAUUGGAAGCUCUGUGAUGGAACGUCCCUCCACGGCAUGGAGAAGCAGCUGCUCCUGGUAGCCAAUGCCCACAUGCACUGGGACCCUGAGUACUCUGACGUCAAGCUAGUGCAGACCAUGAUGUUCCUGUCAGAGGUGAAGCUAGUCGACAAGGCCACACGCAGCCUCAAGUUGUCCUCCGUUGGUGAGACCAAUGCCAUUCCACUGGUGCUGUGCGCUGACCUCAACUCCUUGCCUGACUCUGGUGUUGUGGAGUACCUUAGUUCCGGUGGAGUGGACUGCACCCACAAGGACUUCAAGGAGCUCCGUUAUAGCGACUGUCUGACCAAAUUCAACUGCAACGGCAAGAACAGCACGGCCAAUGGCAGGACCCAUGGCUUCAAGCUGAAGAGCGCUUACGAGAACGGCCUGAUGCCUUACACCAACUACACCUUUGACUUCAAGGGUGUCAUCGACUACAUUUUCUACUCGAGGCCUAGCCUGGAACGUGCUGGGUAUCUUGGGCCUCUGGACCCCCACUGGCUUGUAGAGAACAAUGUCAGCGGCUGCCCAUCCUCAAUCCCCUCCGACCACUUCUCCCUCUUCGCCCAGCUGGAGCUGCUCCUGCCCAACCUGCCCCCCCAGGUCAACGGGCUCCACCUGCCUGCACGCAGGUAGUGGGUCCCUGCCACACCAUAAGGGGAGCUGCCACCAUAGCCUCUCCCUUUUUUUUCCCAGCCCUCCUCCUCCCUCCCUCCCACUACCAGCUCUUCCUCCACCACACUGGAGGAGGAAGACAAAAAACACAACCUGUAAAUAUUCGUACAGUGAGGUCUGGCCGACAGGGAUUUCGUAAAAUGUUAUAGAUAUUCUAUAUUUUUCUUUUUUUCUUUCUCUGUUUUUCUUUCUUGUUCUUUUUUAAACUGCUCAAUUCAGUUCCCGUUUAUGUAUCAUACUUUGUGUUUUGGACUCUCCUUUCCUUCUCAAAUCACCCACCCACUUUGCUUCUGUCUUUCAAACUAGAGGGGAUGGUAGCUCAUUCAGAUUCGUCACAUGGGGGGGAGGUGGGGGGCGCUGUUUGGUUUUUAAGAGCAACAGGACACCUAAAAGUACGCUGAUGGGGGAAAAUGUGACCAGAAAAGCUGAUGGUCUGUCUGUCCUGUAUAAAUAUGAAACCAGCCAAGACAGCAGACUUGUUAGUCUCAGACCUCCAUCAUUGGCUUAUGCUUGUUUUCCUUGGUACUCUGGGCAGCCAGGUACUGCCUCAGUCUUUCUAGGACACAAACAUUUGUUGUCGUUGGGUUAGAGCAGCUUAUCUGGCAGUUAAACAUCCCCCGGAGGUGGAUGUAGCGCAGCUUGUACGAGGUGAGAUAUCCUGCUGUCAUUCUGUGGUGCUGAGGCCUUUUGUGUGGUCACGGCCUCCCCGUGUGCUACAAGAUAGUCUUCACCUCCGGCCCCCUGGCCACGCUGCAUCAGCUACCAAACUCACAGAUGCCUCAAAAACCAGACGUUGGGGGAACAACUUUAGCCUGGUUAACAUAGUGUAAAUUUGUCAAGGAAGGAUAUGUGAGAAACCUGAGGGCAGCUACCAUCCUGUUUGCAGACUGUUUCACCCCAGCUUGUAUAGUUGUUAGGCUAGUCUUGUGCUUAGGAGCUCACCAUUUUUUGGUCGAGGGGCAAGGGAUUUUAGGCUGAUGGGCAAAGCGUUGAGGGGCUUUCACAAAAUCUUUCUUUGUCUUGAUUGCUUUUUUGGCAGCGAGAGCGAGUAAUGGCUGAUACACAGGAGUAAAAACCAGCAUCCUCUCACUGUCUGAGUUGCCAUUCAACUCCACACAUGCAAGCUUACACAGUUGACACACACAAACACACACAGGACUCAUACACAUAACAAGGUAAUUUUGCAGGCAGAUCGUAGCACUGUCUCCGAGGCCAGUAGUGACUUUCCCCAGCCAUAAAAUCCAUACACGAAAAGCAGUGGUUUUUUUCACAAGUGUUUGUACAGAAUAGAAACCUAGACUCAGUCUUUACAUGAUUGUAUAUGAACCACAAAAGACCUGUUUUCUGGCGUUUUUUGUACUAAGAGUAAAUUAUGAUCAGAUUUGAAAAAAAAGAUGUAUGGUAAACUAUGGCUAAAUUUUUAUCCAGUUAAUGGUACGAUGAAUUGAUAUUACCAGCUUGUACAAAAGACGUAAGAAGAGGUUGUCAAGGCGUUCGCUGUCACUACUUUGCACUCCCUGAAGAUUAACUGUAACAAUGUUAUUAGUAUUGUUCCCCCCACACACCCCCCCUCAAACCGUCUCUCUUCUGCUGUUGGUUUUUGAUUUGCCGGCACAUUGCUGCGAUUGUAAAUAGACACUGAGUAAACUUCUGCCUGUUGCUUCUCACCCGUAAAACAAAGCCAUUGAUCCACACUGCUGCCAUCGGUCCCAACACAAAAAAAACCCCACAAAGGACCCUCCAGUGACUCCACAUCUGUUAUGUAUAGAUCUCCACUCGCUUCCGCUCAGGACGUGUGACCGACACAAUCCCACCUGUACAACGAAACACUCGUGCCUCACUGUAGCAGUUGUUGUCUUGCACUAUUUACAUUUGACGAACGCCUGAACACCUUUUCUCCUUUUAUUUUUAAAUACUGUUGAGACAUUGUGAAGAUUUUAUGUCCUUUUAUGGUUUUUGUUAAUGUUGAUUUCCUUUUUUUAUGAGCUGUGACAAUGUUAUGACGAUGUGUAUAUCCUUCCUAUCAUCAAGCUCUCUAGUAAUCAGGUAUGCUUUCUCCACACAUUCCCCUCUUGUCUCCCCUAAAGGAAUGAGGUAGGAUGUCUUUGUCAAAUCCACUCUCCCCAAAAUGUUUUGUUCUUUGUACCUUAGCACAGCUCCAUGCCCACAACUCCUAAAAUACUGCAGCCCUUAGCUCUUUCCCUGGCCAUGAAUUUUAAAUCUCUCUAAGCUGUCCGUCUUUCUGUAACCCCCACCCUCAGACUCCCCUGUCCCCCUAUAUUACUGAAGCUGUGCCUUUAAACCUUUUUUGUUUUUUUCCUACAGCCACUUUAUAUGACUCUCUUCCCCUUUGCCACUGCAGCUAUAGUGCCAUCUGUGGACCCCCUACCUCUGUACGGAAAAGGUGAAGGCCCAUGUAGCUCUGCUUACGGAUGAAGGAGGGAGGAGGGGCAGUGAGCUCAGCUUAUUCUCUCUGGAAAGCCAGGAAAACACCCCCCAAACAAAUCCACACAGCAAGACUAUUAUUUCCCCAAGCCAGCUUUUACACAGCCACGACGAAUGAUGAGCACUUAGCGGAUUCGGAGCAGCUCCCUCAACUCCUGUUCCAUCUUAUUGCAUAUAAAGAUCUCAUGACUUUGAUGUAUAUGUCGAAUAUUACAUUUUAAAGAAAGAGGGAAGCAAGUAAAUAGGAAGUGUAGUCCAGAUCGUGUCUCUUGUCCCAUUUACUUCCCCCUCCAUGUUUUUUAACCCUUUCUUUUCUUGUUUUCCUUUGGAAACCAAUGUGUCCAGUUUGAUUUAUUUUCCUGAAUGGCAUUAGUAUUGUAGUAGAUUAAAGGCUAGCUUUUUUUGUAAGUGUGAAUAAAAGAUGUAUCUCAUGUUUCCUUUCUAAAAAGAUAAUUGAAUUGUGUGUUGAUGUGUAAAUCAUGAAUUCUAUGAUGGUGUUAAGUUUGCUACUUUUUGUUUUUACUUUUACUCCAAUACACUUCUUUCUGUCGUACUCCCAUCACAAACCAAAUCCUCUGUAGAAAUCAUGAUGAGGCAUUGUCCUGAUGGGUUGAUUGGAGGAGUUGAAUGUUCCAGAUGAUGCCUCGUAGAAUGAAGGAUUGAGCGCUUAUUGGAGGAGAAACAGCCUGCAUCAUUGGUGUCAGUACAAACUUUCAGCACAGGGAUACUCAGUUCUUUGGUUUUUUUUUUACUCUCAGCUUUAUGUUGGAUGUUGCAUGGCACUAGCUGGAGAGUGCUGGUGCCUGUAGGUUAGGGCAGCAGAGCUGUCUUACUAGUGGCUCAGUUCAGAACUCGAGAAAACAGUCCUGACUGGUGUAAAAACAUGUUUGUAAGACUAAGCUAACGACCUGCCGCUGUUCGCUAGACUGGUCCUGUGAUGAUUUUAAGUACUACUAGUCCAUCUCACUCUGUUCUUGUGCAUCACAGUGGUUAAAUCUGUUACACUAGCUAGCUACUAUUGAUAGUCACUGAUUUGACUCGUUAUUCUCUUCAGUUGUCCCCCCUUUCCACUCCUCAUCCCUCUCUCCUGUCAAACCACAGACUAUGGCUUCUGACUGAAAAUAUGGCAAAUCCCACCGCCGGGUUGUGUCUCCUUGUAAGCUUUGGCGAGUGAUCACACUGUUACAUUGUGUUUCAUAGUUGGCUUAUUAGGCAUAGAGUGAUUUCCCAGGCUGCAUCUCUUUGUAACCGUUUGCACCAAAACUGCUUGUAGUUGGGUUCUUUGUUGUUGAGUGACUUCUUUUCAUCAAGUAGUCUCUUUCAUUUGUCCAAAUCAUAGUCUUCAUGAAAUGUUAGGGCUGUAAGGAAAGCAAAGGUACUUUUGUCCCUUUCCUUGAAUCUCAUGAACAUGUUACAUCCAUCCUCAUCCUCUUUUAUUUAUUUUUAGUUUGAAUGCAUAUUUUUACCCCCAAAACUUGGCAAUAAUACCCAGAAACAUCCAGACACAUUCAGAAUGGGUUUUUUAAUAUUUUAUCUGGAAAAUGUAGCUAUACCAUCUUAAAGUCUGUGGUCGUGUUUUUAUUUUUUGUUCUGCUUUCAACUCUCAAUCUUCAACCCAGUCCUUCAAACGCUCCUCUCCCUCUCUUUUAUCACCCAUCUUGUAUAUUUCCUCACCCCCCCCCCCUGCCUUUCUAGUGGUAGCUGUUCAAUGAUCAGGAUUGUCUAUCUGUAGUCAGCUGAGUACAUAUAUUGAUCUGUGUCACUGUGUUUAUGCACUGGACCAACUAUUGUUUACCAUUCAUGAAAUACCAGCAAAAAAAAGAGAAGAAUAAUGACAAAACACUUGCACAAUGUUGUAGAAUGUCCAUUAACCCAGAUGAGAAAUCAAGGCAGCUGUUUUCAAAUCAACACAUACUGUUUUAAAAAGAAACUGAAUGGUAAACAAUGCUUUCUGUUGUACCCCUUAGCCGUCCUCUUGAUUCUCUUUGGACUAGUUAUGUUCUUUUUUCCGUUUGACUACAGGUUCUGCUUGUUUCCUUUACACCUACCUAUGUAUUUUCCUACUUCUGGUUGAAAAUAAAUUCUAUUAUCUGUUUCAA